AUGCUUUCACUAGGUUCAUUCCAGCCAACGAAUGAAAUGAUGCUCAAGUUCUAUAGCUUUUAUAAGCAGGCAACCCAAGGACCCUGUAACGUUCCACGACCUGGAUUUUGGGAUCCGAUUGGUAGAUAUAAAUGGGAUGCUUGGAGUGCCUUGGGAGACAUGUCCAAAGAAGAAGCCAUGAUAGCCUAUGUUGAAGAAAUGAAAAAAAUUCUUGAGAGUAUGCCAAUGACGGACAAAGUUGAAGAAUUACUACAAGUAAUAGGCCCAUUCUAUGAAAUAGUAGAAGAUAAAAAGAACAGAGGAUCUGACCUAACCUCAGACCUUAGUAAUGUCAUGAAUUCCACUCCAAAUAUAAAGGCUGUGAAUGGAAAAGCUGAAAGUAGUGAUAGCGGAGCAGAAUCAGAAGAAGAAGGGCUUCGUGAAGAGGAGGAGAAAGAACUGCAGCUAAAUGGAAAGGACUAUAAGAAUGUGAAACCAGAAUCAGCAGCUGCUAAGGAUUUGGAAAGUAUUGUUACUAAUGGCUGUUACAAGGACAGCUUUAUCCCAGAUAUGCAGAAUGGCAUCCAGACUAAAUCUGCCCUGAAUGGCUUGAACCCGGAGGAAGAAAUAAAGAAAACGGAGCCAAGCCUAGAAAUAGCUAAUAACAGUGCUCACCAAGGUGCAAAUGAAGAGAAUACUGAAGAGGUCUCAGCAACUCAGCACUUAACCAGUGAUUCAGACAGUGAAGUUUAUUGUGACUCUAUGGAGCAACUUGGACUAGAAGAGCCCUUGGAGAUCAUCACAUCAGCUAAAGGAUCUUUAAAGCAUUCGUCCCAUUUCUUGGAUGUAGAUCACAGUCUUCUGUUAGAAAAUACGGAUUUUCCAAGGCACGCUUGCAUGACUUACGAGAAUCUCCAACCUGGAGAUACUGUAGAGGGAACAGCUCAAGCACAAGGCGAAGUCAAAUGUGGAGGAGAAGAUGGCAAAGCCAGUAAUGGGGGCCCUCACAAAGAGAAGAAAGGUGGAGAAAAAGCAGAUUUCUACAGUGUCAGAAGAGGGAGAGGGCAUAGACUUCAGCCUCUAGAAGAUGGUUCACAAGGUGGACAGAUGGGUAGUGGAGGGGACGGAGAGCGCUGGGGAUCAGACAGAGGACCCAGGGGUAGCCUCAAUGAACAGAUUGCAGUAGUGCUGAUGCGGUUGCAAGAAGACAUGCAGAAUGUCCUUCAGAGGUUGCAUAUGCUGGAAGCGGUUACAGCAUCACAGGCAAAAUCUGCAACACUACAGUCAAAUCAUCAGCCCGCCUCCUCUGUCAAGAAACCAUCAUGGUGGCCCUUUGAAAUUUCUCCUGGUAUUUUAGCUUUUGCAAUUGUAUGGCCAUUUAUUGCCCAGUGGUUGGUACAUGUGUAUCUUCAAAGAAAGCGAAGAAAACUGAACUGAGAAUUCAUGACUUCGCUUAAAGACUGGUAGGAGAAGAUGGCCCUGGAAAGCGAAGGAAUUCUGAAUUCUCAUAGAAUCUCAGAAUCUGGGAUGAUGUUCCUUCUGUUAUAGUAAUAUUUUGUACUACCUUUGAGCUAAACAUUUAAGGACUAACAUUAUUGAAACUUGAAUGAUUCACAGCUCCUAGGUUACAAAUAAAAUACGUUUAAUAAUUCCAUCCU